UGCUCCUUAGAGCAUCGUCCCUAGGACCCUAACACAUCUCUCUCUGUUUUCUCUCAUCUGUUUCAAUGUUUGAUCAGUAAGCGAAUCCAAAGAAGAAAAAGAAAACAAAAAUACAGAGAGAGAUGGUAAGAGCUCCUUGUUGUUCUAAAGUAGGGUUGCAUAGAGGUCCAUGGACUCCCAGAGAAGACACAUUGCUUGUCAAGUACAUUCAAUCUCACGGUGAAGGUCACUGGAGAUCCCUCCCUAAGAAAGCAGGGCUACUUAGGUGUGGAAAGAGUUGCAGGCUGAGAUGGAUGAACUAUCUAAGACCAGAUAUUAAGAGAGGGAAUAUAACACCCGACGAGGAUGAUCUCAUCAUCAGAUUACAUUCGCUUCUCGGCAACCGCUGGUCUCUCAUCGCCGGACGACUCCCUGGUCGAACCGAUAACGAGAUUAAAAACUACUGGAACACCCAUCUCAGCAAACGUCUUUUAAGCAAAGGGACCGAUCCCAAAACCCACAAGAAAUUACCAGACCCGGUCGUGGUUCAAGCAGUGAGAAAAAGAAAAAAGAGCAGCUGCAACAACAAAUCAAAGAAACCAGCCGAGCCAGAAAAACCCAAAAUCCAUCUCCCCAAACCCAUUCGAUUCACAGCUUCGGUUCAGUGUACCAACACAUUCAGCACUGUGUCAUCGAGCCAAGGAGGAGGAGAGGUACUGCAAGUCCCUUGGACCGAAUAUGUCAAUGAGGAGGAGAAUGGGAUCGGGUUUUUAUCUGGUUAUUAUAAUAACAACGAUGAUCGUGAUUUUCUCAACGGAUCAGAUUUCGAGUGUCAGUCUCAUCAUCAUCAAGUAUCUGGUACCGAAGAUGAUACUAAUUCUCUAGACAAGCUUUAUGAAGAGUAUCUGCAGCUCCUGAAGACAAACGAAGAUCAAGUGCAGUUGGAUUCUUUUGCAGAAUCAUUACUGAUAUGAUUAUAACAGAAAA